AUUGAAGCAGAUCUACUAUGAGUACUUAAUGACCUCUGAGCAGAAGUAUUUUUUUCUUCACAUUGAAGGUCAAAGUUGUUAAGACAGAGUGAUUUCCCUUGGUGAACCAGUCAAGGUCGCAUUUCUAUUUAUAGAUUCAGCAGCUGAUAUUUAUUUACAUUCAGUCGUUCAAUUUUAAUAUGGCUUUGUUUGAACUUAUGUAGAUCAUCGAAGGAAAGUAGAUUCAUUGAGGAAAAUCUUCUGUGGGGGAAGUUAUUGGAUAAUUGGGUCAUUAUAAGACUUCCUGCUAAAAAUAAAAAAGAUUUUAAAAUAUAACUGUUAAAUGUUCAGAGAAUUGUGCACUGUAUUUAUUAAAGUUAUUAAAGUUCACUUUUUAUACAGGUGAUAUUUUCAUAGGAAUGGAAUGUAAAGAUGCGAUAUACAAUAUACAUGUAUUACAAAGUGAUUGUGAAACGAUUUUGUGAGAGUUAUAUAUUUGCUUAAACAUCUUUGAGUGAAUAUUUGAAAGAUCCUGCAUAAAAUCAUUGGAUUAUAUGAGUAAAAUACAUUAAUUAUACAUGUAACAUUCCAAGAGGUUAAAGGUUAAAUGAAUGAUAUGUUUUUUCAUUCCUUAAUAAGUAACUAAAUAACCAUCUUCUAGUUCAAUUUGCAUUUUAGUAUUUUUCUGACUUUUGCAUUUUCUUUUUUUUAAAGGGUAAUGAAAUUAAGAGAAUAUUUUUUAUGAAUGGGUUGUAAGGUUAAAUGAACUUGAUGGGUACACUAUGUUUUGGGAAAAGAAUUUUAUAUGCAUGAUAAUUAAGUAAGCUUGGGCAUAUCUAAUAUACACACAGAUUAUUUUUAAAUCAGAUGAAAUGUCAUACAUUUCUACCAUCAAAUGAUCUUCAUUUGUUGUAUGGUUAUUAUUGGUGCAUGAACAAAUUUGCUGACGCUAAUACGAUAAUUUUAUUUAUAUUUUAUACUAUGUAGUGAUAUUUGGUCUUUACAUCCGCAAUAACUUGAUGAUCAGUGUUUAUUUAAGCUGUAAAUUUCUACCUGGGUUAAAAUAAUGAGUAAAUAUUGUCUUAUUUUGCAAGUUUACAGGAAAUGUAAUUUUUCGGGAUAAAUGUGGUAGGGAUACAUAAAUACAGGAUAUGUCAGUACUGUUGAAGAACACUGUAUUUUGCAGUCAAUCGAUGAUGCAAUGACAUAGCUUAUGUUAGUGUAGUAUCAUAAGUUUGUCAUUCAAAAAUUUUAUGAUAUUCUACACAUACUUAUAUACUAACAAAACUCUCAAGUGUGGAUAAUUCUAAAUUGAAGCAGUUCACGGUUUAAAAAUUGAUUGGUUAGGACUUGAAAGGGAAGGAAGAAAUUAUUUUGAUUGAAAUUAUAGAUUAUUAUUAAAGUAAAGAUGAAUUCAGCUUUUACGUCAAAUCUGCCAAAAUCACACCGACAUGGGCGAUGCGGAUCAGCAUCAUGUCCACAUAUGGUACAAGCCCCAACUGUCAUCUCGAUGGUGGGUCUGCCAGCACGUGGGAAGACUUACAUGUCAAAGAAGCUGACAAGGUACCUGAAUUGGAUUGGAAUUAGAACAAAGGUGUUCAAUGUGGGUGAAUAUAGAAGGGCAGCCACAGACAAGUAUCGAAACCAUGCCUUUUUUGAUAUGGCCAACGCAGAAGCGGUAGCGAUAAGACAGAGGUGUGCCCUGAUGGCCAUUGAUGAUGCCAUUAAGUUCUUGCGCAGCGGAGGGGAAGUUGCGGUUAUAGAUGCCACAAACACUACGCGAGAGCGAAGGAAGUUGUUAUCUGAAAUUAUCUGUGAUAAAAAUGGCUUCCGUCUAUUCUUUGUUGAGUCCAUAUGUGACGAUAUCAAUAUUAUAGAGGCUAAUAUACUCGAAGUGAAAGUUUGCAGUCCAGAUUAUCUAGGUAUGGAUAAAAAUGAGGCUGUGGAAGACUUUAUGCAGCGUAUAGAACAUUAUAGACAGAACUACCAGUCCAUGGACUAUACCCACGAUAAAGAUCUAUCCUUUAUACAAAUCUUCAACCAGGGCGAAAGAUUCCUCGUCAAUAAAUUAGCUGGCCAUUUACAAAGUAGAGUUGUGUAUUAUCUUAUGAACAUUCACGUGUUACCGCGGACCAUUUACCUGACACGGCAUGGUGAAAGUAUGAUGAAUCUACAGGGUAGGAUAGGGGGAGAUAGUGAACUCUCCCCUAGGGGUAUGGAGUAUGCCAAAGAGCUUUCUAGGUUCGUGAAGAGUGAGAAGAUACCCAAUCUGAAGGUGUGGACCAGUGAGCUUACGAGAACAAUACAAACAGCUCAGUUUAUAGAUGGCCCAAAAGCUCACUGGAAAGCUCUAAAUGAGAUAGAUGCUGGUAUAUGUGAAGGGUUUACGUAUGAAGAAAUUGCCGAGAAAU